CUUUCUUCGGUUGCUAUUUAUCCCAAUUCAUCGACCUUCCUUUCCCCGCAUACUGAGGGGAUAUGCCUUAGUACGACAUGUCAAAUUCAUCCUCUGUUAGAAAUCCUCUUCAGCGCGCCCAUGCUCUCUCAGCCCAAGCAUCUAGCCUUUUGGAUUCCGAUCAGCCGUCGGCCCAAGCAAUGAGCCAGGCCCUACAGGCUUACAGAGAAGCAGCCAGUCUAUUUGAAGCUUCUGCUGGUGAUUUGGAUGUCGAUGAGAGCACGAAGGUGACUUUGAAGUUGUUGACAACGCAGCAUCGCAAACUGGCAAGGGACCUCGAGCGGAGGAUUAGUAUUGCUGCCAAAGGGAAAAUGGCCACUCCUGUGAAUACGCGACUUGCUGGAAUGCCCCCAAACCGGAGAUAUUUCUCUGAAGGUUCACCUGCCAGAGGCUAUCUCCCUGAUAACAAACAGGUCGCGGGCGGAAUGACACCUCUGCGGGUUGACUCGACCGCGCAGCACUUAUCACAUACUCAGGAGGUACCACCAUUCGCAUAUAGGCCUCCUCCAAAUCCGUCCGGUUCUCAGCCAAAUUCUGCUUCCAUCUUCUCGCCAUCCGAUGCUCCGUCACCUUUACAAUCCUCUUCGUCAUCUUCUGAAGCGCCUGAGGAGUCUUACGUGCAUUUCGGCGCUCCCCCGGAUAUAACCGACCCAUUCAAUCGCUUUUGGGCCAUGCUGGAUAAUAUGCUGGAAGAUAUAUCUAACCCCAUUGCUUUUGCCAGUGCACCUCUUGAUACACUAGGUCCAACCAUUCCACAACCGAAAAAGUCACAGGAGAAACGCAAUAGCAAGAGUGGUAAAGAAGAAAAGAGAAAGGAAGAGUCACCAUCACCUACUGAUUCCUUUUAUUUGGUUCAUCCAAAGGGCAAGAUGACACCCGAAGGAUCCGAGGAUGGGGAUAAACCUCGCGGUAACCCAGCCCCUUUAGCCAAAACGCCAGAGGAAUUGGCCCUGGAAAAUACAUCUUUACGGCAUUCCCUCGACACCCUUGCUUCACACACUCAAUCUCUAGAACAGACAAACCGCCUUCUCAAAAUCCAGUUAGAAGAGCGGGAUAAGAAGUUUUUGGCAGCCAUGGCAGGUGUAAAGAAGGAAGCUGCUCGGGCCAAACAAGGACAAGAGCUGUGGCGCAGUCAAGUCAUGGCUGGAUCUAUCAUACCGGUUAGAGCGCCGAGGGUGGACGGAAGUCCGAUUAACAGUGUUCCUGGGUUGAAGGAUGGGCCAGGAUCGGAUAGCACGGUCUUGCGCAAGAGGAUCAAAGAAUUGGAGGAGGAAGUGAAGGCCCUGAAGCUCGAAUCAGAGAAGCAGAAAAACCACAUUGAAAAGUACAAAGGAAAGUUCGAAAAGCUGAAAGCAAAUGCGCGAGCCAAGAAGGAAGCUAAAUUAGCUGCAGCUGCCGCUGAAGCCACCGCGCAAGGACAGAAUUCUUCUACCCCGACAUAAAGCUGAACGUCUUAGACAACUGCAGCAUCGUAUGAUUAUCAGCCAUCUCAUCUUGUAAUACGGAAUUGUGUUUUCUCUGGCAUAGAACCAGUGAUGUUGUACUAUCUUUACAGGAA